AUGGCCAUUGAGGAGAGGAGUAGGCUCUCAAGGUCACUCAUGAAGACAACACUAGCAGAGGAUGAGGUCAAGGGACGUUCAGAGGAAGAGGAAGAGGUCGUGGUAGACAACCGUUCAACAAGGCCACUAUCGAGUGCUUUAAGUGUCACAAAUUAG